AUGGCAGAAGAAGCCGAGUACUGGUCGUUUCCGACCAAUCUAGAAGAAUUCGACCAGGAUGAGCGCAUCUCGUAUUCCAAGCUCGACAACAAGUACAUUGCCGUGCAGGACGAUGGCACCGAAUUCGAAUUCGACCAAGGGCUCAAGCGUUGGAUCCCUAUGAUCGACGAGGCCCUGAUUGAGGAACAGCAGAAGGGGUACAUGAUGCCCAAUGUCGAUGAAGAAGAUGCUCGACAAGGAUCUACGCAAGGGAGAAAGAGGAAGAUGGACUCGAACGAUCGCGAGCAGGACAACAACCACAAUAGCAAGGAUCGUUCGUCCAAAUCCGCAAAACGGCAUGGAAACCGCGGGCCAUCCCAGCCCAAACAGAAUACGGCCGUCUAUGUGACUGGUCUUCCAUCCGAUGCCACUGCCGAAGAGGUGGCCGAGCUCUUCUCGCGCAAGUGCGGCGUCAUCGCCGAGGAGAUCGACAGCGGCCGGCCGCGCAUCAAGAUGUACACGGACGCCGACGGCAACUUCAAGGGCGACGCCCUAAUCGUCUUCUUCAAACCGCAGUCCGUCGAGAUGGCCAUCAUGUUGCUCGACGACACCGAUUUCCGCUUCGGGUCGUCGGCCACCCCCAAGAUGCACGUCCAAGCUGCCGACAUGAGCUACAAGAAAACCAAAUACGACGGGGGCGACGCCAAACCAGGCGAAGCCAACAAUGACAACAACAACAACAUCACCCGCUCCUCAGACGCCUCAGCCGCCGACAAGCGCAGCAACCAAGACAAAGCCAAGAUCAUCAAAAAAACACAAAAGCUAUCCGCCAAACUGGCCGACUGGAGCGACGACGAGCACGCCGACGGCGACCCCAUGACCGGCGCCCCCGCCCACACAGGCAGCGGCAGCAGCAAACACGAUCGGCUCGUGAUCCUGCGGCACAUGUUCACGCUGGAGGAGCUGCGCGAGGACCCGACGGCGAUGCUGGACAUCAAGGAGGACAUUCGCGAGGAGUGCGCCAAGCUGGGGCCCGUGACCAACGUGGUGCUGUACGACGAGGAGGAGGAGGGCAUCGUGAGCGUGCGCUUCCGCACGCGCGAGGCCGCCGAAGCCUGCCUGCGCCUCAUGCACGGUCGCGCCUUCGCGGGGCGCAUCGUCGAGGCCUUUUUCGCCACGGGGCGCGAGAAGUUCCGGCGCUCCAAGGGCGAGGUGGCCGGGCAUGGGCGGGAUCAGGGGAGUGGUGGUGAGGAUUGA